AUGACUGAACUCACCCCCGAGCAGGAGGCUGCCGCCCUCCGCGCCGAGGAGCAGGCUCGUCUGCGCAAGGCUCGUCGCGAGGCCAAGAUCAAGGCUGGCGCUGCCCAUCGCCUGAACACCAUCACCGGCCUGGCGAGUGGUAUUCCGCGAGCCAAUACGGCUUCUUCGCUCGACUCGAAUCCCACUCCCGUCGCCCCAACCGCCGGCCCGACCAUCAUCUCCAGCUCCAUCCAGAAAAUCACCACCGAGCCCGAGGAAAUCAACCUCGCGCAGCACUUCUAUCGCCCCGGCCAGUCCCGCACGCUCUCCCUUCCCGUCACCUUCGAGACCGCCGCCUCCAGACUCGACAUGCCCCCUGCGGGCCGCCGCAACCCCUACACCUUCGGCGUCAACAGCAAGCAGAUGCCGCCCCCCGCCGAAGAAGAUCCCAUGCUGAGUCUCAUGUCUAAGAUCCUCUCGCCAAACGCCGCUGUUGGCGGCAUCAACAGCCGUCCGCCCUUCGGCCCACAGUCUGCUCAGAGCCAGCAGAACCAGAUGCCUAUCCUGCCUCCGCGCCCCACGCCCCUCUGGCGCUUCCUGCACACCCUGCUUGCUGUCGCUCUCGGGCUGGCCGUUAUCAUGCUGUCACCAUUCGGCGGCACCAAGCUGGAGCGCGACCGCGCGGCUGCCGCUGUGGCCGGGUCGGCAUCGGAGAGAGAGUGGCUAGCCUCGCUGACGGAUAGCUAUCCGCUUGUGAAGACGGGUCUCGGAGGGGGCCUGUUCUGGGCGUUUGCCACGGGCGAGGCGAUCCUCCUGGGCACGAGGUGGCUGUUCCUUAGCAAGAAAAAGAAAGCUGCUACUGCCGCAGCGAAGGUAAAUAACAACAAUGGGGAGGGUGAUGAUGCCGAGCUGGAUUCCGUGGAGCAGGCGAUUGAGCUGGCGCUCGAGUUCUUCCCUGCUAUUCGCCAGCCCGUGGAGUAUCUCAGGCCCAAGGUGGCGGUUGCGAUGCGAUAUGUUGAUGUGGGCAUGACUCUGUGGCGGGAUGUAAUGCUGGCCCUGUUUGUGCUCGGGGCAGUGGCUUGGUGGAGGGCUUGA